AUGGGCGACGAAUUCGACGACUCAACUUACGACCGCCCAAUCUGGCAGGUUCUUCUCAAGACGGGCAUUACUCAUGCAUUGGGCUUGCUCGUCUACAGCCAGUUGAACCAUCUUCUCCACGUCCCUUCCAAGCACAAUGCCCGUCUCUUCCGGUUGAUCGUCUUUGCUUUCCUGCCCACGGUGAUCCUGGGACAGUUCGCAUUCGACAUCGUCAAGGCUGCCAUUCGCCUACUGCAGAACCCCCACGAAGUCGAUGUGCAGAGCAAGUUGCGAGCAUUGAAAUUCUACUGGGAUGGCAUGCUUGGUGUCCGAUGCACCACCGAGGACGAAGGCGUCGAAGAGCGAGAGGAGACGAUCCGAUUGCUGGACAUUGCUGCGGCUGAAGAUGUGCAGCCCCAAAAGCCCAAGUGGACUUGGAAGCGCGUUUCCGGCAUUCUUCUCUGCCUGCUCGCCAUCUUCCAAGCCGUCGGCAUCAUCGUCACGUUCGCCAGAAGAUCACUACAACGGUCGUGCAGGAAGGAAGAGAUCCCCUGCCGGGACACCCCUUGGUACACGUGCGACGAGCCGACACAGAUCAGGUAUAACUGCUCCCACUCGUUCACAGGCCUGGACUUCCGUAAUCUUUACGUUGCAUGCGCCUCUAUCAUCAUCAGCGUCUUGUCCAUCUACCUCCUUGCGGCAGGCAACACAUGGACUUAUGCGCCAUCCACAUCCCUCACCGGCGAAGAGGAUGUCGCGACCAGGAGCUCUGCCGUUCUUGGCGAAAUGCAACGACUCCUCAUGGAUUAUAUAUUCGGCACCUUGAUCCAGGAGUUCAUCGCCGUCGAGACGUACUACGACCGAUGGGGCGACAACGGAACGCCCAAGUACGUUACCAUCUUCAUGGGGACUCUGGACAGGAUCAGCAUGUCGCCAGUCGAAUGGGUUUUGAUAAUCCUCGCGGUGUUCAUGGUGACCGUCUUCAAGCAAGACAUUGCCGCGAGACUAGGGGUCAAGACGAAGUUGGUCUACGGUGUGCUUAUUGCUGCUAUUGGGAUUUGGUUGACGUUGGACAAUGUGCUGUUGUUCGUCACUGAUGCCGGCCACUUCAUUCUCGGCCACUACGGCAGCGAAGCUGAUGGCAAUUGGGGCGAGAAGUGGAGCGAUCCGAUCGAGAAGUGGGUGCCGGUCAUGUAA